CCACCAGCACCAGGUGUUGAAGCUGACUGCAUGCAUGGUUCUUCUCUUCUUCCGCCAUGAAAUGAUUGCUUCGUCAUCCCUCCCUUCGUGCUCUCCCUCACUCCCACCCUCACGCUCCAUGACGGCAUGAUUGAUCCAUCCAUCCACGUCUCCCACGGUAUAUAAACACGAGUCGACCCAGCUCGAUCGCUCGAUCACACCCAUGUCGAUGUCGUCCUCCAUGGACCACGCCGGCCCCUCCGUGUCCGUCCUGCGCUGGCUGCUCUCCGUCGCCGCCGGGGGCCUCUUCGCGCUCUUCCUCCUCGUCGCCUCGCCGGUCCCCUUCCCCUCCGCCUCGCUCUUCCUCGCCCCGACCUCCCCGGCCUCCUCCUCCACGCGCGCCUCCAAGAACCUCUUCGUCGACCAGGCGCUCUCGGCGCAGGCCCGCGCGCCGCCCGCCUCGCCGCCGCGCUUCGCGUACCUGAUCUCCGGCUCGGCGGGGGACGCCGGGAUGCUGCGCCGCUGCCUGCUGGCGCUGUACCACCCGAGGAACCACUACAUCCUGCACCUGGACGCGGAGGCGCCCGACUCGGACCGCGCGGCGCUGGCGGCGUUCGUGGCGUCCCACCCGGUCCUCGCCGCGGCGCGCAACGUGCGCGUCGUGGAGAAGGCGAACCUGGUCACCUACCGCGGCCCCACCAUGGUGACCACCACGCUGCACGCCGCCGCCGCGUUCCUCUGGGGCGAGGGCCGCGGCAAAGGCGCCGACUGGGACUGGUUCAUCAACCUCUCCGCCUCCGACUACCCGCUCGUCACGCAGGACGAUAUGAUGGAGGUGUUCUCGGAGCUGCCGCGCGACCUCAACUUCCUCGACCACACCAGCGACAUCGGCUGGAAAGCGUUCGCGAGGGCGAUGCCGGUGAUCAUCGACCCGGCGCUCUACAUGAAGAAGAAGGGCGAUCUCUUCUGGAUCCCUCAGAAGCGGGAGCUGCCCACCGCCUUCAAGCUCUUCACCGGUUCCGCGUGGAUGGUGCUGUCGAGGCCGUUCGUGGAGUACCUGAUCUGGGGGUGGGACAACCUGCCGCGCACGGUGCUCAUGUACUACGCCAACUUCAUCUCGUCCCCGGAGGGCUACUUCCACACCGUGGCCUGCAACGCCGACGAGUUCCGCAACACCACCGUCAACCACGACCUGCACUACAUCGCGUGGGACAACCCCCCGAUGCAGCACCCGCACCUGCUCACCCUCGCCGACUGGGACGGCAUGCUCGCCAGCGCCGCCCCCUUCGCGCGCAAGUUCCGCCGGGACGACCCCGUCCUCGACAGGAUCGACGCCGACCUCCUCUCGCGGGCGCCCGGAAUGCUCGCCCCGGGCGGCUGGUGCGUCGGGGAGGUGCCGGCUGCCGGUGCCAACCGCACCGGCGGCGACGACCCGUGCGCCGUUGUCGGGAACGCGGCGUAUGUUCGGCCUGGCCCGGGGGCUGCGCGGCUGAAGCGGCUCGUUACGUCGCUCCUGUCGGAGGAGAACUUCCGGCCGAAACAGUGCAAAGUAGCAGUAGUAGAACAACAUAUUCCCGCCAAAAAAGUAGAAGAACAUAUUCCCUCGGAAAAGGUAGAAGACCAUCACUGAAACAAUUGGUUCAAUACAUUCUUUCCGGAUGUCAUUUUAGUAUAAUGCUUCACGCAAUGUAUGUAUAGUGCACACCAGAGCCUGGUGCCUGGUGCAGACUACGGGUCGAACUCAAGUGGCAUUUUCUCUGCUUGGCAUCUUUAA